CGCAGCCACUUCCGCUUCCGCCAAGGAGAGCCCGUCGCCGCGGUCAUGAGUCGCUACAAGUUCGUGGAUAUUGGUAUCAACUUGACAGAUCCUGUAUUCAGAGGAAUUUAUAGGGGGGUUCAAAAGCAUCAAGAUGACUUACAGGAUGUAAUACAGAGAGCUGUCCAAAUUGGUGUUAAAAAGUUUAUGAUUACAGGCGGAAAUCUACAAGACAGUAAAGAUGCACUCCAUUUGGCACAAACAAAUGAUAUGUUUUUCAGUACAGUUGGAUGUCAUCCUACAAGAUGUGAUGAAUUUGAAAAGAAUAACCCCGAUAUUUACUUAAUGGAGUUGCUAAAUCUUGCUGAAAACAACAAGGGGAAAGUUGUAGCAAUAGGGGAAUGUGGACUCGAUUUUGACCGACUACAGUUUUGUCCCAAAGAUACUCAGCUCAAAUAUUUUGAAAAACAGUUUGAACUGUCAGAUCAGACAAAAUUACCCAUGUUUCUUCACUGCCGAAACUCACAUGCUGAAUUUUUGGACAUAAUGAAAAGAAAUAGAGAUCGGUGUGUAGGGGGAGUAGUGCAUUCAUUUGAUGGUACCAAGGAAAUAGCAGCUGCUUUGGUUGACUUGGAUCUCUAUAUAGGAUUUAAUGGUUGCUCACUGAAAACUGAGGCUAAUUUGGAAGUUUUGAAGUCAAUACCUAGUGAAAAAUUAAUGAUUGAGACUGAUGCACCUUGGUGUGGAGUCAAAAGUACACAUGCUGGUUCAAAAUAUGUAAAAACGUCAUUUCCUACCAAAAAGAAAUGGGAAAAUGGGCACUGUUUGAAAGACAGAAAUGAACCUUGCCAUAUAAUACACAUGUGAAAAAGAUGGGCUCUGUUACUCAUCUAACUAUCGAGGAGCUGGAGACGAUAUUUUAACUUACAGGAAGUUUGUUAUAUCAUUUUAAUGGAGACAUCAUCUGAUUUCUUUUGUUUGCACAAGUACAUAAUUUAACUCUAGACUGUAUCAAUCUAGUGUGGUUUACCAGUUUAGGCAACUGAACACAUUUAUAACAUUCACAAAAAUUAAUAUUGAAUUACUUUUAAAUAGUAAUUCCUUCCAUAUGCAUUAUUUUUUCCCCCAGUAGUUUUUUAACAGGUAGGAGUAUUAAGUAAGCCAGAGCUAAAUUCAGCAGACAGAAAAGUGAAUUAAUUUUAUCAAAACAUAUUGGAAAGACCUUUUGCUUUAUUAAACAUGCUAGUUUUGGCAAAUACUUUAGAACUUAACUCAGGGGUCCUCAAGCUACGGCCCGCGGGCCACAUGCAAGUACAAAUGUUGUAUUUGUUCCCGUUUUGUUUUUUUACCUCAAAAUAAGAUAUGUGCAGUGUGCAUAGGAAUUUGUUCAUAGUUUUUUUUUAAGCCAUAGUCCGGCCCUCCAACGGUCUGAGGGACAGUGAACUGGCCCCCCCUGUUUAAAAAGUUUGAGACCCCUGACUUAACUGUUUUAAAACCCCUGGGUGAGGAAUAUAUUCUGCUUAGUAAGGAAUCACUUGUAAUUUUUCUGAAAUGUACAUUCUUGCAAAUUCAGAAUAUAACACCUUACCUGGUUUAAGUUCCGUUCUCAUGAAGCUUCCUGUUGAUGGUUAUAAAGAUGCAAUCUAUACUCCAUUUUCUAAACUAUCUUACUGUUAAGUAUACCUGUUGACUUUAGCUAUACAUUUACAAGACGAAAUUUUAACCUGUUUCUAAAUGCCGACAGUUAAGAGCUAAAAAUGCAUGAUUCGCAACUACAACCAUGAAUACCAGUUCUGAAUAGGCAGAGCUUGGGAAAAUCAACAUUUGCAAACUGAAAAGCUUAAGCCACAUUUCAAAAACACACCUGCCAUAGUCUAAUUAACUAAUUGGCAAGUUAAAAUUCCUACUUACAAAGUCGUUUUAAUCAAAUUCCAUCUAUUAACAGUUCUUUAUUUUAAUUAUUUGUAUAGAGAUCUCCCUUCUAAAUAAAUUCCUUGAAGCACAUUCUGGAGGUCUUGCCAUAUGCCAUUUUACUGAAGCUAUAUAGAAGAAUCCAGACAGCCCCUUCCCUCAUCUAUCCACCAAUGAGUAGGCACAUUGUGCCAGGCACUUUGGAUAAGGCACUAAUUGAGUCAGACGAGGAUUCCUUCCCUCCGGAACAAAUAAGACAUAAAAAGUAUAAUUCUAGCUGGUAGUGGUGUUAUAGAGGUAUGAAUGUGUGACUGGGACCAUAGGACAUAGCAACUGCCCGCCUUGAGGGGAAAUAAGAGAACUAAAGUGACAUUUCAACUGUUUACUAACUGGGAAUUAUGCCAGACCAAGAUAAACACGCUGAGCAAAGGCAGACUGUUAGAGGACUUAGCUGCUCCAGGGGAACAGUGAGUUAGGGUGCCAGAAAGUAGGAUGCACGAGUAAGUGAUCAGUCUGGGAAGGUAGAGUGAGGCCAGACUGUGAGGGCUCUUCUGUGCCAACUUUAGUAGUUUAGAUUUUAUCAGGACCCAAAGGAUUUUAAA